AUGUAGUAGGUGACAACAGAAUAUGUUAGAAGUUUAAAUGGAAUAACACAAGAUUUCUUGUGUCCUGUGAAUGCAAACAUUUACAAUAUCCAAUUUCUUAAAUUUAGAAUCAGAGAUAUGGAUUCAGGUUAAACUCUAUUUGAGGUUGAACGUGAUUAGGAUGAGGAGCCCAUAGAAAACCUCCCACCUGAAUAUUAAGAUGAAGCUAGAAGGAUUAAAUACCAUUUUGGACCAUAAUUUUUUGAAUUGAAAACAGUGGGAGCACAAUUGACCUUCUCAGUCGGUAAUCAGCCAGUCAAGAAUUUCACAAUUAUUGAAAGACAUUAUUUCAAGGAUCAUUUAUUGAGAAGCUACGAAUUUUCAUUCCCUUUUUGCAUUCCAAAUUCAACAAAUACAUGGGAACACAUUUACACCAUUCCAGAGAUUGAUGAAGCAAUGAGAUAAGAAAUGAUCGACAAUCCAUUUCAAACUAAAUCAGACAGUUUUUAUUUUGUAGGUGAACAGUUAGUUAUGCAUAACAAGGCUGAGUAUGAUUACUCUCCUUUUGAUUGA